AUAGUGGCGCUGUCAAAUCGAGAAAGAUGCAAGCGACCGGGUCGAAAUUACUGCUGCCAACGAUUCGCAAAUUUCUGGCCAUUUUCUGCAUAAUUAUUGCACAAAACAAUGUGGCGGCAAACGUGAAUCCCAGCGCCAUCAGUGUGCAUCGACGCUUCGAGUACAAAUACUCGUUCAAGCCACCAUAUUUGGCACAAAAAGAUGGCACCGUACCCUUUUGGGAAUACGGGGGAAAUGCAAUCGCCAGUGCGGAAAGUGUGCGUGUGGCGCCCUCGUUGCGCUCACAAAAAGGCGCCAUCUGGACGAAACAACAAACAAACUUCGAUUGGUGGGAUGUGGAGAUCGUUUUCCGUGUAACAGGACGUGGCCGGAUUGGUGCCGAUGGCUUGGCCUUCUGGUAUACGACGGAGAAGGGUGAUUAUAAUGGUGCCGUGUUUGGUUCAUCGGAUCGCUGGAAUGGUCUGGCCAUCAUCUUUGAUUCGUUCGACAACGACAAUAAGCACAACAAUCCGUACAUUAGUGCUGUGCUCAACGAUGGCACCAAGAUGUACGAUCAUGCCAACGAUGGCACCACGCAGAUGCUUAGCGGCUGUCUGCGCGAUUUCCGUAAUAAGCCGUUCCCCACCCGUGCACGCAUCGAGUACUAUAAUAAUGUACUCACCGUCCUCAUCCACAAUGGCAUGUCGAACAACAACGAUGACUACGAGAUGUGUAUGCGCGCCGAUGGAGUCCAACUGCCCAAACACGGUUACUUUGGCAUUUCAGCGGCAACUGGUGGCUUGGCCGAUGAUCACGAUGUGUUCCACUUUUUGACCACAUCGCUGCAUGCUGCCGGCCAACUUCAGGAGCCACAAAAGGUGGACAAUCAGGAGAAGUUGACGGCAGAGUACAAGGAGUAUCAGGACAAGUUAGAGAAGCAAAAACAAGAAUACAAAAAGGAACAUCCAGAUGAAGCGCACAAAGACAACGAGGAGGACUGGGAGGAGUUCUACGAGUCGGAGAAUCAACGCGAACUCCGUCAAAUCUGGCAGGGACAGAGUCAAAUCGCAGAGCAUCUGCGUGAGCUGUCGCGCAAGGCUGACGAGAUUCUUGGCCGGCAGGAGAAUACGUUGUCGUUGGUCUCACGUGGCAUGGCUGCCAAUGCUGGACAGGCAUUGCCACCGCCAGCUGCUGGUAGUGCACCCGUCCAGCAGUUGGCCGGUGGUAUCGGUGUCACCAGGCAAGAUGUGGACCUGCUGAUUGCCAAUCAGAACAUUCUGCUGAGCACCAUACGUGAAAUACGGCAACUUGCCGGCGAUAUCAAUGUGCGUACUGAUAACAUACAAAUAAAUCAGAAGAACGCGCCCACAGCGCAAAUUCAAUCCUCGGGCUACGAUGUUCAAACAUUGAUAGCCGAGAUGCGCGACGGCAUGAAUCAGGUCAAGCAGGGCAUCUCGCAUGUGGGCCAGAGAUUGGGCAUGCCACAGGGCGCGGCACAGAUGGCACCUUGUCCCACCGGAAACUGCGUGGGUGUCACGUUGUUCCUAAGCGUUACCGUUGUGCAACUGCUGCUAGUCUUUAUCUACAACAUGUUCAAGAACCGAAGCGAGGCGCAAGCGAAAAAAUUCUACUAGGCAUUCUGUUUAGUUACCCAAUCAGCAAAUAAAACAACACACACAUCUACACACACACACCCAUACACACACACAUAUACACACACCUGACUAGGCGGCAACUAAAUUUAGUUGAAAUGAAAUACUUAAGACUUCAGCGUAGAUUGCUCUACAAUAUUGUAUAAUUGUUUUUUUACUUAGACCUAAUUGAUUUUUGUAGAACGUCUGGUCCCGAAAAAUUGAAAUGAAUGCGAUCAAGCAACUAGAACAAUGAUGAAGCCUCAUGACAAAAGCCACAAGACAAAAUUUACAAUAAAUAAGCAGUCUUCAGUUCACUGGUAGAUCCCAAAUCAACCCCAUCCCUAUAACAUUGUGUUUGUCAUAAAUCUGUUUUAGUCAAAAAUCGAAAGUUUUGGUCUACUCUUCAAACUGUGCAUAUCACUUGUGUACAGUCGUGAACUCUGCAUUUCAAAAUAUAAAAAUGUAAAACAAAAAUUCAAACAAAAAAAAAGAAUGAAAAACGAAAACGAAAACUUAUUAAUAAUAAUACAUAAUGAAUUCCGUAAAUUUAGCAAAUAAAUACUUUAUGAUUUUUAUACUACGUUACUUGAGCUAGAGCGUCUGAGUCUUUAAAUUGAAUUGGCAUCGAGCUCUUCGAGAAUAUCUCCAUUCUUCAGUUUCCAUUUCAUGCGCUGUACAAUAAUAGAUGCGAUGCGAUAAAUCAAGUUUCUCAGCUUUUGUUAUUAGCAUGAACAUUAAUCAAAGUGAUGGAUAUCUCAUA